UGACUUGGUCGAGGACAGUCGUGUGCUCUCUGCUCUUUCCCGUGUGCCGUUGUAUUUUCUGGAUAUCGACGACUAUUGCCGAUCUUUUUAACUCAUCUCGUAUUCAUCUCUCGAAGGAAGAAGAAUAUCUAUACCUCCCGUGAUUUUUUUGAAAAUAUACAUCCAACAUUGAGAAGAUGCAGAAUUCGACGGUGUUUAUUUCGUUCGUGAUGGUGGCCGCCUGCUGCUGUCUGCUAGCCGAUGCGGCCCCGCAAGACUUGGGAUCGCCGAUCCGCAUCGCCCAGUGCCGAGCCCUCUGCUUGGACAAGUUUGUCCGCAACGAUCGCCACGAAACGCUGUGCCAACAGGAUCCCGACUGCUUCACGUGCUGGGAAAAUUGUGGACUCUUGCAAGACAACCCAACCGUCUGGUCCCGCAUCUGUAGCCAACCAAGCGUUUGCUUCCCUGGCUGUCUUCAGGCUUGCCAAUUCUUCCAGAACGCGGAUCUGCCUCAAAAGGAUCCAGUGAUGCCGACCUCUGCCGAGCCAAGCGUUCAGCUUGUGGGCAACCUGGCCACCUGGCCUCGCCCGUCCGACCGCUCAUCCAACUCGAAACGCGAGAAGGAGCGGCUCGUCUACGCUGUCAUUCAGAAGCAGAGCUCGGGACGCUGGCGUCAAAUCAUCCAGACUGCGGAAGAACGUUGUUUCCUUCCAGCUGGUGAGACUCCAAGCUCGGCGGCCGGCAACCUCCGCGUCCUGGCCGUUGGCGGACGCGGUUUGGUGGCCCUUUACCGCCCGGAACACGAAGAUUCCAGCACUGAGAACGCCAUCGCUGCUCCGCUUCUUCCGUCAUCGGACGUUGUCGUCGACACCGACUCGACUGCCCAGCAACCGUUCCAGCUGUCGCCCGAAGAGAAAUUGGCCCAGCAAGUUGAAAUCGUCUCCAUGUCGCCGGCCUCUCCGUGGAAGUUGAGGGAAGUGUCGCUCAUCCACCAAAAGGUUUUGGUCAUCGCCGAAGUGGCCUGGCCAGUCCAGCGCUCCUCGGACGGGCAAGCCAGCGAUUACUUGGUCACUUGGGAGGUGGACGGCGGCGGACUCAAGGGCCAUCUCUACACUGACGCCACGUCGGUGACUUUGUCUCUCUGGCCCGACACCGUCUACCACAUCCAAGUCGAUUUGGUGACGGCCACCUCGGACGCCAUUCAAAUGCGCUCGGCUCCUUUGACCAUCGACACCCACAAGGCGACGGGAGUUGUCCAGUCGGACGAGGCCAGACCUUUGCCCGCCGCUCCGCUCAUCGAUCGCCUUCCAUCGUCGUCCGGCAGCAGCAACGGCUCCGGCCGACGACUCGAAGCCACGGUCGGAGUCGGAGCUGCCGCCGGAGUGUCGCUCUUUUUGUUGGUGUUGGCCACCGCCAUCGGCAUCCGCCGACACAGGAGGGCCAGCAUGCGUCUGUCCAACUCUCCAUCGACGUCGCCCCUUCCGCGCCAUCACCACCGGCCCAGCACCAUCGAGGGCCUGGCCGUCGUCAAGACCAUCGACGGAGAUCGUGUCCCCUAUCACACGAUGCAGCCGCCUUGCGCCGUCCACAGUCUGGAGCAUUGCUUGUUUCCGUCUAGAGCCCAUCGGCUUCCAGCUCUUCACCACUGAAAAAAAAUUCAAUCAUUUUCUUUCUCUCAUUCUUCCGACUUUUUCUUUCUCCGACCUUUCAUCUUUUCUCACUUGCUCCUUGAUAUAAAUAAGCCAAAAUUGUACAAACUUGUAUGUAUAUCUCCUCAAUGUUUCUGUCUUAAUCUUAAUAAUAAUAAUUAUUAUUAUUAUUCGGUUUCCAAUUCGACACACAGUUUUUUUUUUUGUUUUUGGGAAUCAAUUUCACCAUGGCCUCCACCACCACCCAAUCGAUUCGGCAGUCUCUACAUAAUUUACAGCUACUAUAUACCGUACUUUAUAAAUAUUAUAUAUAUUUAAUUGUAUAUCUCUCUAAGAAAAAAGGAAAAAAAACCACAAGAAACAUUUUAAAGAAAAAUCUCCACCUCCCUCUCUCCCUAAUGUGUCUCCACUAAACCAUUCUCUGUGCGUGUGCAUUCGUGUCUGCGUGUGCUGUCUGUGUGUCAGUGUUUUUGUGCGAUUUUCAAAUAUUGCGCCAUCGUGUAAAUACAAGCCAAGGUUCCAAGGAGCCGUUGAACGAAAACA